CACCCAUCGUCACCCAUGAACCUUGAGACCUGUUAAUAAUUCGAAUAAUUCGUUGGGCUCGAUGCGAAAUGUCGUUAAUUCGAACGCUUUGGCAAUGUACUCUCAGUCCUCGCCUUUUUCGUAUCUACGAGAUAUCAUGGGUAGGCCAUCUCGUGGACAAACCGUACGAGACGAAGGGUUUGGAACGAUGGGGAGACCAAGUUGUCACCUCUUUCAUCAUGAUGUGGUCCGUCGGUUUAUACGCCUUACCGGUGCUCGCUCCGUUCAUGUAUCGACGAAACUCUACGCUCGCCGAGAACGCGUAUUCCCUGUCCAAAUUAGUAGCAGGAGCUGGGGCAAUUUUGGUAGCUUCCCUAGUGGCACGAGGUUACUCUAGAGCUACUAAUCCAAUUUACACUAAGUUUAUGAAAACGUUGACAGAGGCUAAGACCCGUCAUAGUGCAGAAUCCAAGCAGGAGUUGCAAAAAUACGAGUUUGAAUUUUGGGCUUGGCCCGUCGAUUUUCGAAUCGCAGAUGUCACAGGAGAUAGCCAAAGGAGACGCAUCGGAUUAGAAACGGAUAACGCUCUCGGUACCAGCAGGGAACGUCCAAGAAAUCAUACUCGACAACAGAGUGGGAAAGAUUUAGUUUUUGCUUUACCGUGCAGACUGAUUGCAUACAUAGUUGCUCAUACGUUUGCACUUAAAUUGAUGUAUCCUGGCAGUAUGUCACUCAUUAACUGGGCAAUGAGGUCGUCAUUGCUACAAGGUAGAAUCGAUUUGAUUAAACAAGGUGGCGAGAGGUUCAAGCUCGUUACCGUGGAGAGCAACGAAAUUGAUGCAUUGUUCGUUGACCGACGGAACAAGUCUAACAAUGGAGACAUCCUAGUGAUAACUAGCGAAGGAAACUGCGGUUUUUACGAAGUAGGAAUAAUGGCGACCCCAUCAAAGAAGGGUUAUUCCGUCUUGGGUUGGAAUCAUCCAGGUUUUGGGGGCAGUACCGGUGCCCCGUAUCCAGCUCAAGAGCAAAACGCGAUCGAUUGUGUAAUGCAGUUCGCAGUGGAGUAUCUCGGAUUCAAAGAGAGCAACGUCAUACUUUACGGAUGGAGUAUCGGGGGAUAUCCGACUACCUGGGCCGCCAUGAAUUAUCCUGCCGUGCACAGCGUGGUGUUAGAUGCUACCUUCGACGACGUCCUUCCAUUGGCGGUCGACAGAAUGCCAACAGCCGUUGAAGGCAUCGUACGAACUAUCAUCAGAGAAUAUCUGAAUUUAAACAUCGCGGAACAGCUAAACAGGUAUAACGGCACGGUGUUGCUGAUAAGAAGGAUCGAAGACGAAAUGGUCAGCGUACCGGUUAACAGCCUGUCCGGCAAUCGAGGCAAUCAGCUUCUAACGAAACUACUUCUAAGGAGGUAUCCUCGAUUAUUUAGCAACGGCACGGAGAGCGCGUUAGUCCUUUCGAGGUAUCUUUCCUUGGCGACUCCACGAGGAAAAAGAACGUUAAUGAGGGAAAUAGGAGUGAACGAGGAGAGUUGCAGACAGUUAGUGGCCCUCGAUAUCGAGAGAAACGAGGGUCUCGUAAGCUACCCGUCCACGUUGGGUGAGGACUGCGACUCCGUUACGAGGCAACAGCUGACCGUUUUCCUCGCAAGCAAAUACUUGGAAGAUCAAGCGACACAGCAUUGUGAUCCUCUCGCGAUAGAACUUUUCCACCCCGGUUGGGACCCGAGGUCUAUAGUCCCGACGAAGAGCAACCUUAACGUGCACCAAACAUGACCGACUUCGCGAGGCAUUCAAAAUUCAGGAUACGCCAACGCCGCUUAUUCGGUAAAAUAAUUAUUUUUAACCAAGAACGGCAGAUCUUUCGUUUCGAUGGGAUUAAGAACUCGUUAAGUGAAAGGUUAAAUACGAUCGAGCUAGCAAAACUCCCGAGGAUCACUUCAGCGUCGCUCGUUCCAUGGAAAAGUUGGCCGAUCGAUACUUUAUAUGACUAUUCGGUAAUAGGUAGACACGUGGCAUUUAACCAUCUAUCAAUAAAGUUUUUAUUCUGAC